ACAUCGCCUCUACAGUGGACAAACAACCUGACGACACAGAGAGGUUGCGAGCUCUAGGAAGAUAUAUCGAUACGCCAUGGAGACAGGAGGCAUAGCGGAGCGUUUCAGAGACAAGACUAUACUCAUCACCGGCGCUACUGGCUUCCUGGGAAAAUUGCUGGUGGAGAAGAUACUGCGAGUUCAGCCGGAGGUGAGGAAGCUAUACCUGCUAGUUCGUGCUCCGGACGCCAUAGCCGCCGAGGAGCGUGUUCUCACUGAGGUUGUAGGAAAAGGUCUAUUUGAUGUUCUACGAGAACAAUACGGUGCUGGAUUCAACUCCUUCAUCAAGGAAAAGAUAUAUGCUCUACCUGGAGAUGUGAUGCAUGAAAACUUUGGGCUUGAGAGUUAUGAGGUCCUGCAGUUAUCCCAGAAGGUAGAUAUCAUCGUCAAUGGAGCUGCAACGACAAACUUUAUGGAGAGGUAUGACGUAGCUUUGGCAACAAACGCUGCAGGAGUCAUGCAUUUAUGUCAGUUUGCAAAGCAGUGUGAUAAUCUCAAGAUGGUGCUUCAUGUUUCCACUGCUUAUGUAGCUGGUGAGCAAGCAGGCCAGUUACUCGAGAAACCAUUCCAGAUCGGUAGAGCACUACGACUGGAUUACCAAUUGGACAUUGAAGCUGAGCUGCAAUUAGUGGACAGUAUCAAGUCAGAACUCAGAAUAAAAUGUUCCAGUGAUGACAAGUUAGAGAAAACAACCAUGAGGAAACUUGGGCUUAAAAGGGCCACGCACUUUGGUUGGCCAAAUACAUAUGUGCUGACGAAAGCUAUGGGGGAGAUGUUACUUCAACAAUUGGGACAAGACCUUCCGGUUGUCAUCGUCCGGCCAAGCAUGAUAACAAGCACUUUUCAAGAACCAAUGCCUGGAUGGAUAGAAGAAACUAGGACAAUUGAUGUCAUAUUUGUUGCCUACAAUGACCAAACCCUUCCAUGUUUUAUAUUUGAUGGUAGCGUUAUAUUUGACUUGAUACCUGGGGAUAUGGUGAUCAACGCAAUGAUGGCUGCCAUAAAUAGUCAAUGGAAUAAACGAGCUCAAGUGAUAUACCAUGUGACUUCGGCUCACCAAAAUCCCCUACCAGUAUCUCUUAUUGAAGAAUCAAUGUUCAGAUACUUUGACAUAAAUCCACGUACAAGUAAAGAUGGGAAGGCAAUAAAAAAUAAAAGACCACUAGCAUUCAAGAGAUUAGCAUACUUCCAGGCAUACAUGAUUCUACGGUACAAGCUGCCAUUGGAGAUGAUGCGUGCAGCAAAUGUACUGUUGGGAGGGAUAUACACCAAGAACUACUAUGAGUUUAACCGAGACUACAACAUUUUAAUGACUGUGGCAAAGCUGUUUGCCCCGUAUGUCUUCUUCAAAGGAUGGUUUGAUGACACCAACCUGAGGAAACUGUGGAAGGCGACGGCUAUGGACCAAAAUGAUGAUGCAUCCAUAUUUAAUUUUGAUCCUAAGUGCAUUAACUGGAGCUCAUACCUCGUGAACACCCACAUUCCAGCUGCUAUAAAGUAUGCCAAUGACCAGAAGGCGAAAGCACGUAGUGCAUAAAAAUACAUUUAGAUGAUGGUGUACAUGCAAGGUGUUAGUUUGCAUGGUGAAUAUAUUGCUAUUAUUAUAUGAAAAAUAUUAUAAUGCUAAGAUUGUGAUAGCUCAAUUAUGCGGAAUAAGUCAUCCGUGUCAGAGUUGUGUGGAGUGGUGUGUGUUGUAGGGCUCUAGCCCCUUCUCUCUCUUCUUAAUAUAAUGAGGCGCAGUUCUCCUGUAUUUUUCGAGAAAAUAAAAGUCAUCUGUGUCGGGCGGGAACCCUCAUCAA